AUGGGAUCAAGCGAAUCCAAGGAGCAUCACCACCGCAAAGAGAGUGAGACGGUGGAGUCGGUGGUGGAGGAAAGGGUGGCGCCAGCAACAGCAGCAACAACGCCACAGCCGGCUGCGCAACAGGAAUCGCCGAAUACUAAUGGAGAGCAGAACCACAACGAGGUCGCGGUAGAUGUACCAUCAGAACCAGCUUCACAGCAGCAGCAGCAGUCUAACCCAAAAUCUAAAGAAGAGGAGAUGCAUCAUAUAAAGAACCAUGAGAAGAAGCACGAGAAGAAAGAAUCUCCAAAAGAUAAACAAGAACGGAAGAAACGCGAGGCAGAGGAAGCAAGACCUAAGAUACCAGAACCGGAACGUGAACUUGUAAUGAGAAGAGAGCGCAACUACAGAGGAUCGAUGAUCACCUAUUAUUCAUAUGAGGUAAAACUACCACCACAGGCUGGAAUGGCCUGGAGUCCGGAGUCCUAUCGGUACCUAGGACCGCCCAAUGCGUUGCUAAGGGAUUCAGAAGGCAUACAUUCAGCACCGGCGUCACCAGUAUCAAAGAGGCACACUGAAGCUACUAACACUAAGCCCGUGCAGUAUGACUCACAAGAGCGACGACACAAGCAUGCGCACCACCGUGGCAGCAGCCUGAAGGCCCUAUUACCGAAUGGACGCAAUGUAACAGAGUUUCACAGUACUCAACUCAACCACAACUAA